AGCCCGAAUAUAUCACCAUUUGCAUGGCAGCCUUGGAGACGAAGAAGAAAAGGGAAAUAAAAGAGGUGCGGUCAAUCUACGCUGCACGGUCAUCGCUCGGUCAAUACUCCUCGGCGAUCAUUUCCCGAAGGAUUCAAAACACUUCAUCCUCAUCUCCGUACACUAUCUUGUCGCAACAAUAGAGCGACGCGCUCAAAAUGGUUUCCACGCGCAAUCACCCAAAGAACUUCCCAGAGCCCACUCUUUCGCCAACAAAAUCAACUCAAUCGAAGUCAGUCGUGCGCUCAUCUACACCCACUUCAUCAACCUCGUCCACCUCCAAGAAAUGGACCCAUACGCCAUCCAAUUUAACAUUGUUAUGGCUUGCGAUUGCGGUCCCGUUGGUGCUCUGGGAUGCUGGUUAUGUGUUUCUCCGACCACAUACGAUGCCUGGAGGAUUUCUUCAUAGCCCAUUGUGGCUUCCUUACGUUUUUUAUGGCUCGGUAGACUAUGUAUAUGGCCUGCCAGCUUUUGAACAGAGCGACGGUUUCCCGGCUGCGCAGUCAGCGCUCAACUUGCUCGAGACGUUCCUUUAUGUUGCAUACUUGGCUAUUGUUUUCAGAUAUGGCAAGGUGGUAUCUGGUAGGGGUCGUGGUGCUCCAAAAUCAAGGAAAGCCGGAUGGUUGGGUCAACCAAGGGUUGUUUCCGGGCAGAUGGCCGGCGCAGCUGUUCUGAUCGGGUAUGCAACCGCGGUGAUGACGUUGAGCAAGACAGUACUCUACUGGCUGAAUGAGUAUUACUCUGGAUUCAAACAUAUUGGCCACAACGAUGCCUUGACCUUGAUCAUCGCUUGGCUCAUUCCCAACGGUGCCUGGCUUGCAUUCCCAAGCUAUAUGGCAUAUGUUUUCGGCCGGGAGAUUCUUCAGGGGCUUGCGGUUGCAGCAAAGACCACUGGUAAACAGGAAUAAAAUCAUCGAUCGACACUUCUCAAUGUCUCUCAAGAUGAAGCGACUCUAGACUGUUCUGAUACUCAACUGCUGCUGUCGGUAUCAUGAACAUGUCUAAUAUUCGAAUGGUCGCUUUGAAUCCUCAUAAGCCUGUCGAAUUUCCCAGAUUGCGUCAUUGUCGACGAGCAUCAGUCUUUCAAUUUCAUGCUGAAUGAUACCCUUCUAUGCGGAUUGCGGGUGGUUCAAUUCAGUACAGUACAGUUUGCUCCUAUGCUUUUUUGGAGAUUGGAUCAUUAAAUGAAUCAUGCAAACAUACAUAAUGAGUCAAGCACGCUUGGGUCAAUUUCUCUCUUACGGAAGACAGGCUUUUUGGUGCAACACCGACGCUGGGUAGCAGAUUUAAUUACAGAAUCAUAUCCUAUUGACG